AUGACGUAUUCGGUUGACAAGUUAUGCAAGCUUUACAUCGAGGUGAUCGUGAAACUUCAUGGAGUGCCUGUGUCGAUUGUUUCUGAUCGUGAUGCUCGGUUUACUUCAAAAUUUUGGAGCGGUUUCCAAAAGGCCAUGGGAACUGAUUUAGAUAUGAGUACGGCAUUUCACCCUCAGACUGAUGGGCAGACUGAGCGAGUGAAUCAGGUGUUGGAGGAUAUGUUGAGAGCCUGUGUGUUGGACUUCAAGGGAAGUUGGGAGGAUCAUCUGCCGUUGAUUGAAUUCUCCUACAACAACAAUUAUCACUCCAGAGAUUUGGCUUAUAGGCUUGCCUUACCUCCUAGUAUGUCUGGUGUGCAUAAUGUGUUCCAUGUGUCUAUGUUGAGGAAGUAUGUCCAGGAUGUGUCACAUGUGAUCGAUUAUGGCCCGAUUGAGGUGCAUGCGGAUACGACCUUUGUUGUUGAACCUGUUCGUAUUCUGGAUAGGUCAACAAAGCAACUUCGAAGGAAGGAAGUUGACUUGGUCAAGGUAUUGUGGAGUCACCAUGACGAGGGUGAUGCUUCUUGGGAGUUGGAGUCGGAUAUGAGAGCGAAGUACCCACAGUUGUUUGUUGAUGAGCAAGCGUGA